GAUCUCUAACUCAUAUGACCGGGCUGUAGGUCAAACACGCAUGCGUACAGAUGAGCUGUAGAUCAGACGUCACGUACUUCCGCUCAACAUGGCGGCGCAGCGCAGGACUCUGAUGCAGAGCCACCAGAGCUGGACUGAUGAUCUGCCUCUGUGUCAGCUGUGUGGUGUCGGUUCGGCCCCAAACUGUGUGUACGGCCCGGAUGGAAAAGGGUCUCAGAUUCACCCGAACGAGGAUGGACACUUCCGCUUCAGUACGGAGUGCUGUUUCCUGUACGGGGUGUUUAACGGGUAUGACGGCAGUCGGGUGGCAAAUUUCGUGUCUCAGUGUCUGACAGCAGAACUGUUGUUGGGUCAGCUGAGCUCUAGUCACACGGACGCAGACGUGCGCAGAAUUCUCUCACAGGCUUUUGAUGUUGUAGAGAAAAGUUACUUUGAGACCAUCGAUGACGCUCUUGCAGAGAAAGCAAACCUUCAAACACAACUUCCUGAGGGUGUGUUUCUCUCAGCUCAGACUCAGAAGAUCUCAGAGCGAUUGAAGACUUUAGAACAGGAAGUUUCAGGUGGAGCUACAGCAAUAGUUGCCCUGAUACUCAAUAAUAAACUCUACAUCGCUAAUGUAGGUACCAAUCGAGCUCUUCUCUGUAAAACCAGCACUGAUGGUCAGAAUCAGGUGAUCCAGAUUGGUCAAACGCACACAACCGACAACGAUGAUGAGCUGUCCAGACUUGCCCAACUGGGUCUGGAUCCGGUGCGUCUGCGGCAGGUCGGUCUGAUUUCGGGUCAGAGCAGCACUCGACGGAUUGGAGAUUAUAAAGUCAAAUUCAACUACACCGACAUCGACGUGCUCAGCACAGCGAAGAAUAAGCCAAUCAUUGCUGAGCCUGAGAUCCACGGUGGCCAAUCACUGGAGGGCGUUGGGGGUUUCCUGCUGCUGAUGUCAGAGGGACUCAUCAAAGCUCUUGAGUCUGCACAUGGACCUGAACAAGUCAACCAGGAGAUCGUUGCCAUGGUAGCAGCAGAGUUGGCGCUGCAGAGCAGUCUGGAGGCUGCGGCACAGUCUGUGGUGGAGCGUGUCAAACGUCUGCAUCAUGACGCGUAUGUGAGCGGCAGACAGAGGGUGCCACACUGCGCUCGACAUGAAGACAUGACACUGCUCGUUAGAGUCAUUAACUACACGCUCGCUGACGGCUCGCUCACACCUACACAAGGUGGCCGUAUCUACCCCGUGUCUGUGCCGUACUCCAAUCAUCAGAGCACCAGUAAAACCAGUGUGACUCUGUCUCUGGUCAUGCCAUCCACGGGAACACUCACUAACGGCUCCAACACAGCGUCCACUCUAGAGGGAGACACGCCUACUGCUGGUCAGAGCCCGACGGCGACGCUGCAGUCAACUAACACACACACUCAGAGCUCCAGCUCCAGCUCCGGUGACGGCAGUCUGUUUCGACAGAGAGGAAGUCAGGCCGCUCAGCCCGAUGAAACCGGACGCGUGCCACCGUACGUGGACUUCACACAGUUUUACCGGCUCUGGGGGACGGACUACGGCGACGGACAGGGCCUGCCUGCAGAACUCGGACCUCAGUGAAGAGACCAAUCAAAACGCAGAGAAGUGGGAGGGUCAUUUAGUUUGUCCAGUAGGAACACUGCUUUCUGAACGUUCCAGUAUCAGCAUGAAUUAUCAACUCAGACUAAUGACGUGGAUCACAGAAAGAAAACACACAAACCAUGUAUAGAAUAUUUUUUUACUGUUGUGAACAGGUAACAGUCUAGUCAGUGAGAUUAAACUAUUUUUGGGGGGGGAAUAUUUCACCCAAAAAUAAAUAUUCUGACAUCCUUUACUCACACUCAUGUCGUUCCAAAUCUGAAUGCUGUAGUUUUUUGCGUGGAACACAAAAGAGUGUUUCGUAGAAUCUCUUUUCCAUAUAAUGACAGGUCAACGUGACAUCAAAACAAUUUAAUUUUGCUCACACAAAGUUGUCAUAUGACUAAAAAACUCUGAACAUAGCUUGGAGUGAUAUGAAGCACUUAUAUGGCACUUGUAUAUAUUUUUUUGUCAUGUUUGGAGCUUGACAGGCAUUAUGAACUGUUGUUGUAAAAGAGCUGAUUCUUCCAUAUUUCUCCUUUUGUGUUCCACAGAAAAUAUAACCACAUAUAGGUUUGGAAUGACAUGAGGUUGAGUAAAUAAUGACAGAAUUUUUGAGUGAACGAUCCCUUUAAUAGAACCAUUAAUAAAAUGGUUUGACUGACUGUAUCAAUGGGAAAAGUGCAAAUGUUUGUGAUUCGCUUGUUCACAGUGAUUUUUAUCGACCAGUAUCAGGCAUGAAUCUUUAUGGCAUUUAUUUUCUGUGUGUACAAAUGCUGGAUGGACAUCCUUGACUUUUUAUAACCGUAUAAUAUUAAUGUGUUAUUUCUUAGCAUUUUAACUUCAUUCUGUUUGAUCUUCUAUGGAGUUUGACAGCUGGGAUCAGUGAAUGAAUCCUGCACAGAUUACAGUUUAUUUGCAGUAAAUGUUAUCAGUUCUUUGAGUUUCUAGUGCUUUCUGUAAUAAACAAUAGAGGCUUUGAUUUCAUAAUGUGUCUGAUUUGCUGUUUAUUAUUGUUCUGCCAAAGUUGGUAGAAUGGCUCUGAAUCUCACCGUUGUAUUCAGACAUGUACACAGACAUCUGAUUCUAAAUGGUGCUGAAAUAAACAACAAAACCUUUCUCCUUUGAUGGGCUUUCAAAAGUAGCUGUGUAUUCUGAUUAAAUAAUUGUUUGGUUAUAAAAUCACAAAAAACAUUUUAUUUAAUAUUUGUUUCACCAUUCUUUGAAGGUAAAGUAAAAUGUAAAUUGACAUCACAGCUCACAAGCAGGAAUGAUGAAGGAAGAUAAAUUGAGCAUGCUUUUUCUUUAUGACAAAUGCUACUGUAUUCGUAAAUAUCAAUUGGAUAUAUUUAUACAACAUCAGCCAAUCAGAUCUGAGCAGCCAGUAAUUUCUAUAGUGAAUGGCUGAUCAUUAUCAUAUUUAACCCUGCGUUUCAAACAGCAUAAAUGAUGCACUUCAAAAGGAGAACAAUCCUGGUUGUCAUACUAUAAAUAAUAGACUUUUCCAAUUAAAAUGACUAAACAAGUGAGUUGCGACUGUAACAGUUAUUUCCAAUAUAAGGAAUUGGUCCUGAUCAUGAUCACCUCUGAAUCCAGCGCACAUGAGGACGCACUGGUACUGUAGGAGGUUUUCAAGGAGCCUUGUACAGUUUUUGAGGAAUUACCACAAGGCAGUGCCAUAAUAAAAGAAUUUACAGCUUUGCUUUUAUCUUUUUUUAUUUUGCAACAUACAACAAAAAGGCAAAUUAUUAAGAAAAAUGUGUCCUUACAGUAUACCAACUUGUGCAUAAGCAUAGAAAUUAACACAAACAAUAACAUAAAAAUUAGGUUCUAUAUAAACCCAUAUAAAUGUUUGUCUUAAGGACUUUUCAUGCGUUUACCGCAUCCAAAUACAGGGACAGCUCCAUUUUAAAAACGUAGUUGGGAUGGUGUUUUGAAGAAUCUACAUUUAUGUACAAACAAAAGAAAACAAUUCCUCAGUUAUUAUACCAAAUUGUACAAAAUUCCAAGAAAUAAUAGGUAUGACAGAUAUUUUUUGGUUUGUCCAACUGUACGCGUCGUUCCAAAAGAUCUGCACCAAAUUACAAUUAAAAAACAUGUUCAACUAUGUCUACAUAUUUAUUAAACAUUUGACAUAUUUGAAUUGACAAUGUUAAAUCUUACUCUGGAUAUAUGUCAUUAAUCAUCUUAAAGUGCACCUCUGUGCAUUUAGGGGCAAAAGGAAACUAUUUGUUAGUAAAAUUGCAUUGCCACUGUAUAUUUUAAAUGUUCUUUUACUAACCUAAUCAUAAUGGUAUACUUUUGAUAACUUUACUAUAAACCUCACAAUUUAAAUUAUUUCAACUACAAAAAUGGCUGUGAUUCAACAUGUUACCAUCUUUAUCCAUAACAUGUCACAUUGACCAUAUCCCUUUAGACUGAUUUGUUUCUAUUUGUCAAAUUGGUCAUUUGUAGUGUCUGUUGGAGAUGAGAUGUCCUCCUCUUCAAACUUGAAUUGUGGUGUUCCGCAAGGAUCUGUGUUAGGGCCAAUUUUGUUUUCUCUAUAUAUGUUACGUCACAUUUCUGUGAUUUGAAAAUACAGCAUUAAUUUUCAUUGCUAUGCAGAUGAUCUACAGUUAUAUUUGUCGUUAAAUCCCAAUGAUCUGUCUAGUUUAAAUGUUUUUCAAGCGUGUAGAGCAGAUAUAAAAAAUUGGAUGGCAUGUAAUUUUCAGCAGUUCAAUUCAGAUUAAACAGAGGUUGUCAUAAUCGUUCAUGGUUUUAAAGAGAAUCAGACUGAGUCAGCACUUAAUCAAGUAGUCCCGAAUAUACACUUUCAUACUAACUUAAAUUCUGAAUAUCACGACAGGAAGUUAGUUCAGUCUUGUUUUUAUCAGUUAAGGAACAUUUCCAAGGUGAGACAUGUUUUGAGUUUUAGGGACACAGAGAUGCUUAUUCAUGCUUUUAAUUAGUCUCACCUUGAUUAUUGUAAUGUCCUGUUUUCAACUUUAAAAAACACACUUUAGCACGACUACAAUCAGUGCAAAAUGCUGCAGCCCGACUUUUGACACGAACAAUGAUUUUAAUCAUAUUACUCCAGUUUUAGCUUCUUUGCAUUGGUUACCAAUUCAUAUUAGAGUUAAUUUUAAGAUUUUAUUAAUUACAUAUAAAGCAUUACAUGGGUUAGUGACUGAUUAUUUAGCAGAACUUAUGAAACAGUUAGACCUCUUAGAUCUUCUUGUCAUGAACUGUUUGCUGUUCCAACAUCCAGAUGCAAAACUAAAGGUGAGAAUGUGUUUGUAGUGAACGCCCCUCGAUUAAAGAACUACCUGCCCUGUGAUAUUAGAUCUGCUGAAUCUGUGUCUGUUUUUAAGUCUUGUUUAAAAACUCAUAUGUGUAAACUUGCUUUUACUAUUUUACUGUAUUUUUUUGUUUUGUUUUACUGAAUAUGUUUUGAUUUUAUGUGAAGCACUUUGUGCUAAAUUGCUAAAAGGUGCUAUAUAAAUAAAUGUAUUAGUUAUU